AGGUCACGUGCUCCGCUGCUGCCGGGACGGUCAUCAGACAUAUACAUAGAGCAGACGGCCUUCUUUGGUGCCUUCGCUUGUGUUGCACAACCAGGCGGGAUAAAGAAGAAGUCGCCUCGUUUUCCUCCUCGGCGGAAGUGGAUUGGGGGAUAGCAGACGUCUCUCCUCGUAUUUCUUUCCUUCGCCGGUGGAUUCCUCCGCCUUUCCGCUGUGCCCGAAGUAGUUCGGUGGUCGCUAGAUCAGUGUCCCAGUGCCCGGUGGCGGCGGCGGCGGCGGCUGCUUUCUCCCGCGAUGGGGCUUCUGUCGCAGGGCUCUCCACUGAGCUGGGAGGAGACGCAGAAACACGCGGACCACGUGCGCAAACACGGCAUCCUCCAGUUCUUGCACAUCUACCGGGCCGUGCGGGAGAGGCACAAGGACGUACUCAAGUGGGGGGACGAGGUGGAAUACAUGUUGGUAGCUUUUGACCACGAGAAGAAGAGAGCUCAGUUGUCUUUAACUGGAGAAGAGGUUCUUCAUACUUUGCAAGAAAAGGGUGAAAGAGUAAAUCCUAACCAUCCAACUUUAUGGAGGCCAGAGUAUGGAAGCUAUAUGAUUGAAGGGACGCCAGGACAGCCUUAUGGAGGAACAAUGUCGGAAUUUAACACUGUGCAAGACAACAUGAGGAAACGGCGCCUGGAAGCCGCUUCUGUUGUGAAAAAAAAUGAAGCAAUUUGCACUGUGACAUCAUUUCCAAGAUUAGGAUGUCCAGGAUUUACGAUACCAGAGACCUUCCCAACUCCAGUUGAGGCAGGAGCAUCUAAGUCUCUCUUCUUCCCAGAUGAAGCCAUUAACAAACAUCCAAGAUUUAGUACUUUAACCAGAAACAUUCGGCACAGAAGAGGAGAAAAAGUAGUGAUAAAUGUACCAAUAUUUAAGGACAAAAAUACUCCAUCACCAUUCAUAGAAGCAUUCCCUAAUGACGAUGGUGAAGCAGCAAGAGCCGCCAAGCCUGACCAUGUAUAUAUGGAUGCCAUGGGGUUUGGAAUGGGCAACUGCUGCCUUCAGGUAACAUUCCAGGCUUGCAGCAUUUCUGAAGCAAGAUACCUUUACGAUCAGCUAGCUACCAUCUGUCCCAUUGUGAUGGCUUUAAGUGCUGCUGCUCCAUUCUACAGAGGCUACAUGACUGAUAUCGAUUGCCGCUGGGGAGUAAUAUCUGCAUCGGUAGACGAUAGGACGCGAGAGGAGAGGGGUUUAGAGCCACUGAAGAACAACCAUUACAGAAUCAAUAAAUCCAGAUACGAUUCCAUAGACAGUUACCUCUCUGAGUGUGGUGAAAAGUACAACGACAUUGAUUUGACAAUUGAUAAAGAAAUCUACGACCACUUAAUCAGUGAAGGCAUAGACCAUCUUUUGGCACAGCAUAUCGCUCACUUAUUUAUUCGAGAUCCAUUGACUUUAUUCGAGGAGAAAAUUCAUCUGGAUGACGCAAACGAAUCUGACCAUUUUGAGAAUAUUCAGUCAACAAACUGGCAAACUAUGAGAUUUAAGCCACCGCCUCCAAAUUCAGAUAUUGGAUGGAGAGUUGAGUUCAGACCAAUGGAGGUUCAGUUAACAGACUUUGAAAACUCUGCUUAUGUUGUUUUUGUGGUGCUGCUGACCAGAGUAAUUCUUUCCUACAAACUGGAUUUCCUCAUUCCUUUGUCCAAGGUGGAUGAAAACAUGAAAGUAGCUCAAAAACGGGAUGCUGUCCGGCAGGGCAUGUUUUAUUUCAGGAAAGAUAUUUCUAAAGGCAGUAAUGCUGUUGUCGAUGGAUGUGGCCCAGCUCAGAAUGGUACAGAAACAGAUGCGGAAGAGUAUACCUUAAUGAGCAUUGAUACAAUAAUCAAUGGGAAGGAAGGUGUAUUUCCUGGCUUAAUUCCAAUUUUAAACUCUUACCUUGAAAACAUGGAAGUGGACGUGGAUACAAGAUGCAGCAUUCUAAACUACUUAAAACUGAUCAAGAAGAGAGCAUCAGGAGAACUGAUGACAGCUGCUCGAUGGAUGCGAGAGUUCAUCGCAAACCACCCAGACUACAAGCAAGAUAGUGUGAUCACGGAGGAAAUGAAUUACAGCCUGAUUUGGCGGUGCAAUCAGAUUGCACAGGAGCAAGUAGAGUGCCCUGAGCUGCUUGGAAUCUGCAUUAACAAAGUAAAAUACACUGGGACUAAAACUGACGCCUUUUGAUGGAAAGGCUUUCUGCCAGGGUGAGAGGUGUAAAACAUUAUCUGUUGAAGCACUAUAGACCGUACUGUGAAAAACCUGCAAUUUCUUAGUAUGAAGACCAAAAAUGGUUCUUCUGUAUUACAAGAUGGGCCAACCUCCCUAAAUAGUCUCUUAAAGGUUCCUAAAACAGGUGUAUUCUUAUAUUUAAGGUUUAUAUUGUAUACAUGUAAAUAGUAAAAUAUUUUUUGAUUUAACAUCAACAUAUUUUAAUAACAUUAAUACUGAAAGUCAUUGUGAACCAGCCUGUAACUUUUGUAUGUGCUUAUUCUGGGAUGGGGUAGGGGAAGGUGCACAACUUUGUAAAGGUACUGUAAUGGCACUUGUAUAUUUUUCAGCAUUCCAGACUUCGAAUGUUUACUGUGACUUCUGUUCUCCCCUAAAGAAUAUACUGCAUUUUUUAAAAACAAAAAGUUCAGUGCCUGAUUCACAUUUUUUUCCUGCUAUGAGAAUCUGACGCAAUUACGACCUUAGUGUUGACACUGACAGACGUUUCAUAGGAAUCAGAUUUGCAGUCAACCAGCCUGCUGCUAAAACUUGGAAUUAAGUAGAUUUUCAUCUCUGCUGUCAACGAGAUAAAAUAAUCUUUAAUUCAAAGAACUUCUAAUUAUCUAAAAUUAGAGGGCAACCAGCAUAUUCCUGCACUGCUUGUUUUUACCCUUGCUCCAUAUCUGUGUCACCUUAGUUUUAUCUGAUCAUCUCAGUAGUAUGAAGCAAUAGGUAUACAUACUUGAUUUUUGAUAGCUGGAGGCUUUAGGAUAGGUUUCUUGGGUGCAGAAAAAUACAUUGACAUUUCAAGGGCAAAUCAUUUUUAAUAUCACCAUAUCCUUUUGUAGUCAGAACCGAUAAUGCACUUCCUUUUUUAAAUUAUUAUCAAUCUGAUGAGCUUGCUCAGUCUUUUUUUUUCGUAUUUUUUUCCCCCUGAUGUAAAAGUUGAGGUCUUGUGCAUGGCCAGCACGAAGAUUCUUCCCAGAAGCAUACAAAUAUCUUUGCCUCCUUUGUACUGAUAACACAAUAUGUGUUAUCCCCACUAAAGCAUCCCAAAUUAAAGUGUCCACAGGCAUAGGAGCCAGAAUAAUACUUUUAUUUCGCACAUAGUAAAAAUUGGGAGCCUCUGUCCAGCUGAGUUUCUGACUCAACCCAAGUCACUUGAGUGUUGCCCAAAAAUAAGAGAUUAAGCAAUCUGUAGGAGAAUACGCAGCGUACCAGUAACAGACAAGGAGGAUGGUAAAUUUCAAUUAAGUUCGUUGUUGUUUUUUCCUGUGACACCACUAAGUGUUCUCCUUAUUUCGUAGAAUCUACAUCUUCUCUAGCAUAUUUCUAGAGGAAUCAUGGAAUUCACUGAUCCUUCUGGAAAUCAGGAGGCUGGAGUUUAAAGGAACUGUAUAGAAUUUAAAACUAAGACAAUGGUUGCGAUUGUACAUAGAACCUGAGGUUUAGGAGACUUUUUAAUAUUAGCUGCCUACAAAGUCAGAGUGGCUUACUGUAUGAUAGAUUAUGACGUACAUAAUAACAAGCAUAUAUUAAUACCUUAAGGUGUAAUGAUUUCUUACCAAAAAAUGUUAAAAGUCAGUGUAACUGCCUAACAGUAUGCCUGUAGAGAUAAUAGAAUGUGCAGUGUUUAUAGGUGUGCUUUAGGGAAAUGCUUGUUCCAGGUUGUAAAUGGAGUGACACAGGAUCACUAAUCUGUGGAAUGAAUAAAUAAAAUUUGAACUACAUCA